AUGUGGUCAUGGUUCGGUGGUGCGGCGGCGCAGAAGCGCAAGGAAGCGCCGAAGAACGCCAUCCUCCAGCUGCGGAGCCACCUUGACAUGCUGCAGAAGCGCGAAAAGCACCUGGAGAAUCAAAUGAACGAACAGGAGGCCAUCGCCAAGAAGAACGUGACGACAAAUAAGAACGCCGCCAAAGCCGCCCUCCGACGGAAAAAGGUACACGAGAAGAACUUCGAACAUACACAGGCCCAGAUUGCACAGCUGGAGCAGCAGAUAUACACCAUCGAAGCGGCCAACAUCAACCACGAGACCCUGACCGCUAUGAAGGCUGCUGGCGCAGCCAUGGAGAAGAUUCACAACGGCAUGACCGUCGAGCAGGUCGACGAGACGAUGGACAAACUGCGGGAGCAGCACGCCGUCACCGACGAGAUCGCAAAGGCAAUCACUGACACGCCCUUCGGCGAGCAAGUGGACGACGAAGAUCUGGAGGCGGAACUCGAGGGAAUGGAGCAGGAGGCUAUGGACGAGCGCAUGCUCCACACAGGUACAGUACCGGUUGCAGACCAACUCAACCGGCUACCUGCGCCAGGGAAUGCAGAACCCGCCAAAGCGAAACAGAAAGAAGAGGAAGACGAGGAAGCCGAGUUGGAGAAGUUACGUGCGGAAAUGGCCAUGUAA